CGGCCAGCCCGCAGCAUGGAUUCGGAUUCCGGCGAGCAGAGCGAGGGCGAGCCCGUGACCACCGCAGGUCCCGAUGUUUUUAGUUCAAAGAGCCUUGCCCUUCAAGCCCAGAAGAAAAUUCUGAGCAAAAUAGCCAGCAAAACUGUGGCCAACAUGUUGAUUGACGACACCAGCAGUGAGAUCUUUGAUGAGCUCUACAAAGUCACCAAAGAGCACACCCACAACAAGAAGGAAGCCCACAAAAUCAUGAAAGACUUAAUCAAGGUGGCCAUCAAAAUCGGGAUCCUCUACCGAAACAACCAGUUCAGCCAGGAGGAGGUGGUUGUCGUGGAGAAGUUCAGGAAGAAGCUGAACCAGACCGCCAUGACAGUUGUCAGCUUCUAUGAGGUAGAGUAUACCUUUGAUAGGAACGUGCUCUCCAAGCUUCUGCACGAGUGCAAGGACCUGGUGCACGAACUGGUGCAGCGACAUCUGACACCCAGGACACAUGGGCGCAUCAACCAUGUUUUCAACCACUUUGCUGAUGUGGAGUUCCUCUCCACCCUCUAUAGUCUGGAUGGAGACUGUAGGCCCAACCUCAAGAGGAUCUGUGAGGGAAUCAAUAAAUUGCUAGACGAGAAAGUCCUUUGAAUGCCUUCCUGCCUUCUGAACUUUGCUGCUCUUAAGUUACAGCACCCACUGUGGUCUGGGACAGAAUCCAGAAAACAAGAAGAAACCCUUCUGGAAGAUGUCAAUGUUCUGUCCUAUUCACCCCUCUGAUGCUGAGUUCAGGUGUGUUUAUUCUCUGAGCUCCCUGAUGAAGUCUGUACUUAAAAUCCCCUUUGUUUGCAAGCUCAAAGACCAUUUAAUCUAUUUUAAGCAGAAAGGCUGCUCUGUUCAUUACGGUAAAGUCAGUUCACCAGCUCAUC